GAUACUGAUUCGAUUCCGACGACGAGACGCGCGGCACACACGCAUUCUGACCUGGUCCGUUGCCGGGUUCGGACGUUUCAACGCGCUUUCAUUACGCAUACGCUCCUCCACUCGCACACACACGCACACCACACGCCGUUGUCGUAUACCCGUGCCCGUGCGUACUACCACGUCUCUUGUCGAUUUUUUUUGUUUGUAAAUCGAUAAUUGAAAAAAAAAUUUAUAACAAUAAUAAUAAACACUUUUCUGAAUUAAAAUUGUAAUCUCGUGGUUUUCUGUUCCUUCUCGUCGCACGGUGUCCACCUCGCUCGCGCAUAUACACCCGCGUAAUACACUACCAAUACACCGUACUAUAUACACAGAUAUAUUAUAUCCACAGCGAAACCGUCUCAAUCAUGGACUUGCUGUGUUGCGAAUCAACUUCGAAGAGCGUCGCGCAAAAGGAUCCGACUCUGCUGUUGGACGACCGUGUGUUCGACACCAUGCUCAAGUCUGAGAUCAGGUGCUUACCGGCUCCCGACUAUUUGGCAACCGUCCAGAAGGACCUCACUGCCAACCUCAGGAAGAUCGUGGUUGAUUGGAUGUGGGAGGUCUGCGAAGAGCAAAAGUGCCAAGAAGACAUUUUUCCAUUAGCCGUCAACUAUAUGGACAGGUUCCUGUCGGUAAAUCCGAUCAAUAAAAAUCACCUACAGCUGCUGGGUACCACUUGCCUGUUGGUCAGUUCUAAACUUCGGGAGUCCGACUGCCUUUCCGUUGACCUUUUGGUUCUGUACACGGACAAUACCAUUACUUCUGAAGAAUUGUUGAUGUGGGAGCUGCUCCUGUUGAGCAUCUUGAAAUGGGACGUGUCCGCGAUCACGGCUCACGAUUUUCUAUGGUAUAUACUUAAAAGACUGCACAUGGACACGGCCAAGCCAUUCGUGGACGUUGUUAUCAAACACUGCGGCACGUUCAUCGGCAUGUGCGCCAGAGACUAUAAAUUUUGUUCGUACAAGCCCAGCGUGAUCGCCGGGGCCAGCAUCGCGGCUGCUCUCAAUGGACUGGAAUACGCGGCCAUUUAUAAGUACGACUUGUUCACUAAGCUGCACGCCAUCACUGGCUCGAAAAAGGAGGUGCUGAAGACGUGCCAAGAGCAAAUCGAAGCCAUGGUCGAAGGCCACAAGAGACAACGCAAAGAAAUGGAUUUCGAAAUGUACGAAAAGCCGUACGACAAGACUGCCGAGUCGGACGAUUCUACAAACUGUUGGAUUUGAGAUCGUCAUCAGACUUUAAAAAAAAUAUAUUUACGAGAAAAAAACUACAGUGAAAACAAAAACAAAACAAUUUUUAUUAUAUUAUUAUUAUACUCCACCACACAGUACAUUUCACUUAUUACAACCAAUCGGUGUAAAAUCAUCGGUCCAUAUAUAUUUAUAUUACACAUUCACACACAACAAUAUUAUAAAAUGCUAAAUAAUACCCAUAUUAUUUAAGGUACUCGCAUACAGUUAGAUGUUUGACUUUUAGAGGCACUGUAAUAUGAUUAUUAGUAGUCUUAAGAUUAGGUUUUAUGAUUAUUUUGACUUUUUAUUAUUAUUUUUUAAUGGGGAAGGCAAUAAAAUACGCUUCAUGUUUCCGUACAUAUAAUGUUAUUAUAAUAAGAUUAUUAUUAUUAACCACAGCAACUCCGGUUUAUUGAACAGUGUAAUGGUGAUUGUUUAUAUACCAUAUAAUAUAAAACCAAUUUUCAUUAAAGCUCAAUGUAAUCUAAAAACGAAAAAAUAAAAUAUCAAUUUUCAUAAAAACAUCCUAAAUAGAUUCUGUGAAUCACAGCCGAUCGCGGCAGGCGUACACUAUACUUAUAAUGUAUAAUAUCAUACAACAUUGUGUUAUAUAUUUUAUUUGUUCCGUUUACGACACCGCGAUUCGAUUAAAAUGUACAGUAAAGUGCCGGUACGGCUACCUAUAUAACCAACAGAUUCCUAAAAUUUAUUAACUUUUAAGUUAUAUCAAAAUAGAUAGUUAUUAUAUUACAUAUAUUAUUAUAUUUUAAUUUUUAAUAUAUAUUAUUUACUUAACUUUUUUUUAGCGUUUAAGGUAGAUUCGCCGACCCAGAGUUCAGCACAUGGUUGGUGCAACAUUUUUUUUAAAGAUCUCUUGCGUCGGCAGUCUUUUUUAUAUAUAUAUAUAUAUAUUUAUAAAUUAAAAAGCUCAAGUUUCCAUUGGUAAUUAAAAUAUCACUCACGAUUGUUGCUUUCUUUGUAUUUCCGAACGUUUACACAUUUUUACAAUAUUUGUUUACAAUAAUUAAUAUAAGUUUUCAAGCCUUUACAUAAAUA